AUGCGCUCUUUGACGCUUGAUGGCUGUCGGCUUAUGACAGAGUGCUGCGGCCUGCUAUCAUCUUCACAAUUUGUCACGUUACGGAGAUAUUCGCAAAGCUUGCCGGCACAGUCUCUAUUCCAACCGUCCCAGGCACAGCUCCUUCGCUUCGCCAUCACCGGCACAACAUGCAGCGGACCCGGAGAUACGCUCGAUAAGAAACUAGAUGAACGCUUGACAUCUCAUUUUCAGAAAAACCGGCUACCCAAAAGACCAAGCACCAUUGAUCGUCUUUCACCACCACUACCCAAGCUUCCGAAAGGCCAUGGACUCUCAAGAUUGCAAGCGAACGUUGAGACGUUUAUCAAUUCUGAAAAUUCAGGGGCUAAUUUGCUAAAUUCGAUUCAAUCACUUGAAAAUGCCUUGGAUCAGUGUCACACCAGGGUGGAGGGGGAAGAUUUACUUAUGACAAUAAAUGGCCUCCUGGCAAGGUUAAAUCAGUUGGGGGUCAAAGAUACACACCAGUUACUCCUUCUGGGUAUGAGUUAUGCGGCUAAGGACUUUUCAUCCGGCUCGUUAGCUUUAUACCUACGGAAUUAUUCAAAGGGAGGCCAUGGUACUUUACCACGGUCCAUCAGCGUUAACCUCAUAGACUCAUUGUUGAACGGGUUCAAACGCCGUUAUUGGGAGGAUCCAAGUAUCGAUAAAUCUGCGAUGCUGAGAGUGAUCAUCGGACCGGGAAAUGAACAGACUAGCGCAGACACCUUGCAUUCACACUUGGAUUUCUCCAGUAUUCGAGAGAGCGAGGUCUUACCAAAGUAUUUGCAGCUCCUAGGUGAGUUAGGUGGAGAGAAAAUGGUUUUUGAUCUUUGGCGUCAAGUCCAAGCUGAACUUGAAUAUGGGCAAACGGCGGCAAUAACUGAGAGCGCUAUUGCAUCAAUCGAGGCUUUCUUGACGCUGGGAAAUCCGGGUCGUGCUCUCGAAGCUGCUCAACUAGCUUCAAAGUACAUUGAUUUGAACGAACACCUUCCGGUCCCAACCUGGAAACUUCUUCUAGAGCAUGACUCACACGGACUUCUUCGGACUGUAAUUGCUCCUGCAACUACUGCUACUUUAUUACAACGCGACCUUCAUUCUCUCGAGUUAGUACUGGGUGCUACCUGGUUUAACGAUGGAGCCGGUCAUCACUACCACCCACUUAGCAUGGAAGAAAUCCACAGUGCUAGUGCUGCUAACGACGGCUACCAGCCCAGCUAUAAUUCGUCAGGUUACACGUCAAGCGUUAAAUUCAUACGUCAACUACAGGGCGGAAUGCAAACAAAUGGCUGUUCAAGAUCUCUGGAUAACUUAUCCGCCAUUGCCGACCUUUUAGAUGAAUAUGAAGGAGCUGAUAUCCCGUUAAAGAUGCAACUACUUGAAAAUACUGAUACCUUGGACUACGCUUGGUUCCCUACCUGUUCACCCGUUGAAUUUAUUGGUAAUCGUCCUCAGCUAGGACGUGAUAUAGGCCAACCAUUGUCCCCAGCAUCCCUUGGGCUUAUCAGAGUGCAUGUUGACGGGAACGGCGUGCCCAUACGGAGCCUUGGUAAUGUGUCUCUAAUGCAGCUGGGAUAUAUUGGCGUUCGAGCAUCUACGGCGAACGCCGCCGGCUUGGGUGAUUCUAUAGAGAGAUGGAGGUGUACCGGGCACAUAAUCGCCUGGGAUCGACAGAGCGGAAAAGUGGUAGCAUUGUGGAUUGGGAAGGGCAACGGCGUCGUUCAUCCAGGGUUGGUGAAACCCGCUCCACCGUUGGAGUUUCCAUUUAUAUUUGGAACGGUUACAUUCAAUGACACCGAAGAGCCCGUUUUUUCUCAAUGUGACAGUUUAGGGCCUCUCAACAACAUACAAUCUUACUGGGUCGAUGUUGAUUCCAGUAGCAACUUGAUAUAA